GUUAGACGGACAGAUGUUAGGGCGGAUCUAGCGGCAUGCAAUGCCAUAGCAGCACAUAGAGGAAGAGGGAGACAGAGAAGGAGGGAGGCAGAGAGGCUGACAAAUCUAAUCGUGUGGCAGCCUGACAGACACACACUGGAUUGGAAGAACAUUCCCCCCUUACAGAUCUCACCCCGUGGCUCCCUGAAACCCCCACAAACAGCAGCCGGGGGAGAGCGAUCCACCAGCGAUCUCGGAUUGCGCCAAGACUUUCCAAAACUCACCGUUCGCCUCCUGUCAGUGCUAUUUUUGGUGCUUUGUUUGAACUUCAGCAUUUCAAAGGACUCGAUGAAAACCCCCGAUUCUAGAGAUCAAGCAACACAGAUCAACAACUUCAAAGUCACCGGUAUAAAUCCCCUCGCAAGUCGCUGCCUUCCAGGAUCCUCUUGUUGCGCUUGUUACUGGAUGUGAAGAAGCAACAUCUGCAGCUAACGAGGUAUUUGGAAUUAUCCCAAGUCCUGAAGGAUGGGGGGGCGGUAGGAAUUUUUUGAUCUUGAAACAGAUCAUUCACAUAUACACACACUAUCCUUUUUUCUGCUUCCCUGUGAACUAAAAAAGAAAGGGAGCAAUAAAAAGGCUACUGGGAUCUGUACAGAAGGGCACCUGGGACCUCAAAGAAAGCCUCUGAUUUGCUGUAGCUGUCAUGAAAUAUCUAAUAGCCACACAAAGAAAAAAAGGAGAAAAAGUGCAAUUGGCAGCCCAGAAGGUGUUUGGCAAAACAGUCAGCAGCGAUCCAUGUUGAGAAAGCAGUGAAACACUUCUACUAGGCUCCAUCCCUCCUUCUGGUGUUCCAGGAUUGCAGCCAGGAAUGCGCAAUCGAACCCAAAGCGCAUCGAUUUCCUAAUAGCUGUGCCAGUGGUUUUUAUUUGCAGUGAACUUGCACUAAAGUGAUCGCUUCUCUCUCUCUGUGAUAUGAAAAGCUGAAGGGAUCUGGGGCGUCAUAUGAUCCCGGACAUAAAAGAGAUCAGCUCUGAAAAAAACAGGGCGUUGCAGGAUCUGGUGUUUGAAGAGAAGUGAGCAGCAGCAACAGCAAAAAAACAGCUGCUUGAGUUUGGACGAAAAAAAUGGUUCGGUGUAAAUAUAUUUCUACAAAAGUCAAGAGCAAGAGGCAAGCUGAGAAUAAAUAAGUUUCCUGGUGUCAGGCACAUCUUGAUGCACAGCAGGGAGGGAGGCAAAGGGAUAGACUUGAAAGUCCCAGUCCCUUCCCCUAAACCAAGUGGGGAUUUCUGCUGGAGACAAGAAGGUGUGCUCUCUCAAUCAUGCUCUGAUCUGUAUGUUGUGCAUGGGGCAAAAAAAAAAGAACAACUGGCAGCCUUGCACCACAACUAUAGUACAUUUUCCCGCUCCUCGCCCGGCCGACCAUUCUGGGGUCGUCGCAUGAUCUCUCCUAGAAGUGGAUCAGCUCAGAGGAUCUGCGGGGCCAGGAGAACUCUUGCAGCCCCCUCCCCAAAAAAAAGCAGAGCCCGAGCCUCGCACAGUCGCCAGCAGGAGCAGCAGUAGCAGAAUGCCGAGGAGGAAGCAGCAAGCGCCUAGAAAGGCAUCAGCGUAUGUAUCGGAUGAACUGAAAGCAGCAGCACUUGUUGAUGAAGAUGUGGAAACAGAAGACACUUUGGUGGAUGGGGAACCUUCAGCAAAGUAUUCAUGCUCUGAAAAAGAAUUCACAAGGAACUCACCGAAUUACCAGCUCUCUCCAGCUGCUGAAUUUUCCAGCCAUGAAAUGGACAGUGAUUCACAUGUCAGUGAGACCAGUGACCGCAUGGCUGAUUUUGAAAGUUGCUCCAUCAAAAAUGAAGAGGAGAGCAAGGAAUCCCUGGCUCCUCUUGAGGAUUCUAAUGUCUCAGACAGCUUAGAACAGAUGAAAGCAGUGUACAAUAAUUUUCUUUCCAACUCUUACUGGUCAAACCUCAGCCUAAACCUUCACCAGUCAACCUCUGAAAAGAACAAUGCCAGUAGUAGUAGCAGCAGCAGCAGUAACAGUAGCUGUGGAAGUGGUAGCUUCGAUUGGCAUCAAACAGCCAUUGCUAAAACUUUACAGCAAGUUUCUCAGAGCAGGGUUCUUCCGGAGCCGAGCCUUUUCAGCACUGUCCAGCUGUACAGACAGAAUAGUAAACUGUAUGGCUCUAUUUUUACUGGUGCGAGUAAGUUUCGAUGUAAAGACUGUAGUGCUGCUUAUGAUACCUUAGUCCAGUUAACUGUUCACAUGAAUGAAACAGGUCACUACAGAGAUGAUAACCAUGAAACUGACAACAAUAACCCUAAACGGUGGUCCAAACCAAGGAAACGGUCUUUACUUGAAAUGGAAGGAAAAGAAGAUGCUCAGAAAGUAUUGAAGUGCAUGUACUGUGGUCAUUCCUUUGAAUCUCUUCAGGACUUAAGUGUUCACAUGAUUAAAACAAAACACUACCAAAAAGUGCCUCUCAAAGAACCUGUUACACCUGUAGCAGCCAAAAUUGUACCAGUUUCUAGGAAAAAACUGUCAUUAGAGCUUGAACUUCCAAGUUCACCUGACUCAACAGGGGGCACACCAAAAGCAACAAAUCUAGAUGUAAAUGAUGCUCUACAAAAGAAUUCAAACCCAUAUAUCACACCAAAUCAUAGAUAUGGACACCAGAAUGGUGCCAGCUAUGCCUGGCAUUUUGAAGCUAGGAAAUCCCAGAUUCUAAAGUGCAUGGAGUGUGGCAGCUCGCACGAUACUUUGCAGGAACUUACAACACAUAUGAUGGUUACUGGGCAUUUUAUAAAAGUGACAAAUUCUGCUUUGAAGAAAGGGAAAUCCAUUCUAGAGGCACCAGCUACACCAACAUCAUUAACAGAGGAAAAGGUACAGUCUGUGCCACUAGCAGCUACAACAUUUACACCUCCUGUAAACAAUAGUUCAUGCAUAUCUCCAAAGCUUAAUGUUGAAAUAAAAAAAGAAGUUGAUAAAGAUAAAGGUAUACCAGAUGAUAAAAUUAAAGAUAAGACAAUUGAAGAGGAAGAAAAGUUUGAUGUUAACUCUAAAUACCAUUACUUAACAGAAAAUGAUUUAGAAGAAAGCCCCAAAGGUGGCUUGGAUAUCCUCAAAUCUUUAGAGAACACAGUAACAUCUGCUAUCAAUAAAGCUCAAAAUGGCACCCCAAGCUGGGGCGGCUACCCCAGUAUCCAUGCUGCUUAUCAGCUUCCUAACAUGAUGAAGUUAUCAUUAGGUUCCUCAGGGAAAACUACACCAUUAAAACCAAUGUAUGGGAGCAGUGAACUUAUCUCACCAACCAAAAAUCAGCCUAUAGUGUCCCCACCAAGCAGUCAGACUUCCCCUGUGCCAAAAACGAACUUUCAUGCAAUGGAAGAACUUGUUAAAAAAGUUACAGAGAAGGUGGCUAAGGUGGAAGAGCGAAUGAAAGAUCCAGAAGGAAAGUUUUCUCCAAUUAAACGUGCAACGCCAUCUCCCAGCGGCAGUGAAAUUAGUGAAUCACCAAAAGGUGACGGGUCUAAUGAAGUUACCUUUAAAAGCCAGCAAAACAGCCCAAUUCCACAAAAGGACAGCUGCAAAGAAAGUCCUUCUGUAGAACCUGUUGAAAAUGGGAAGGAUCAUGUAAAGUCAAUCCUUGGCAGCUUAAGUAGCGGCACAGCUAUUAUUACCGACCACCCACCUGAGCAACCAUUUGUUAACCCAUUAAGUGCAUUGCAGUCAGUUAUGAAUAUUCACCUUGGAAAAGCAGCAAAGCCAUCCCUACCUGCAUUAGAUCCCAUGAGCAUGCUUUUUAAAAUGAGCAACAAUUUGGCAGAAAAGGCUGCUAUAGCAACCCCAACUAUUCAAGCCAAAAAAAUAGACCACUUAGACCGUUAUUUUUAUCAUGUCAACAAUGACCAACCCAUAGACUUGACAAAGGGGAAGAGUGACAAAAACUGUUCUUUGACUUCAGCACUUUUGUCAUCAACAUCUACUUCAGCUUCAUCUACAGUGACAACAGCAAAGACAUCUGCAGUUGUGUCAUUCAUGUCAAACUCACCGCUGCGAGAGAAUGCCUUGUUAGAUAUAUCUGAUAUGCUGAAGAACCUGACAGAAAGCCACACAUCAAAAUCUUCUACGCCUACCAGUAUAUCUGAAAAAUCUGACAUUGAUGGUACUACGAUUGAGGAACCAGAGGAAAACACACCAGCUCAAAAAAGGAAGGGCCGUCAGUCCAAUUGGAACCCUCAACAUUUGCUUAUACUUCAGGCCCAGUUUGCAGCCAGUUUGCGUCAAACCUCAGAAGGAAAAUAUGUGAUGUCAGACUUGAGCCCUCAAGAGAGAAUGCACAUUUCAAAGUUUACAGGACUCUCAAUGACCACAAUUAGCCAUUGGCUAGCCAAUGUGAAAUACCAGCUACGAAGGACAGGUGGGACCAAGUUUCUUAAAAAUUUAGACACUGGACAUCCAGUUUUCUUUUGUAAUGACUGUGCUUCACAAAUCAGGACUCCUUCUACUUAUAUUAGCCAUCUUGAGUCACAUUUAGGUUUUAGAAUAAGGGACUUGUCUAAACUAUCCAAUGAACAGAUCAAAAAUCAAAUAGCACAAAGUAAAUCCCCUUCUGAAAAAAUGGUUGUAUCUUCUCCUGAAGACGAUAUUGGGACUUCGUACCAGUGUAAACUUUGCAACAGGACAUUUGCGAGCAAGCAUGCUGUGAAACUUCAUUUAAGUAAAACUCAUGGGAAAUCGCCAGAGGAUCACCUUCUAUAUGUCAAAGAGCUAGAGAAACAGUAGUAUUUAAUGUUUUUUUCUUUUUGUUUGUUACAAUGACUUGCUUUAAGGAAAACUGACAAAAAAAAAAAAAAGCCUUAAAGCUACAGUUGGCACAUGUUCCUAUUUUAUCUCUGGAGAAUCACUCUGGGCUCUGAACUGUUUUGUAAAACUGUACAGUGUUUAAUAGAGGCGGGUAAUCAGCUGUUGUUAAUGGUGAAAUAUGAAGGUCAAAAUGCAAGGGGGAUAAGUGGAACUUUUUGUAAAUUGGAUUAGCUUUGUGCAUUUUCCGAUGUGCCAGGCUGCAUGUGUUAUCAGACAGUUUAAAAAGCAUUUACAUAUAAAUCUGGUACACUAUUUUUCAUUUCACUUACGUGUGCUGGUAUUUUUCUGCCUUUAAACUUUAGCCCUCUGAGUACUUUGGGACACUCAUGUUCAUUUGGUAAGCUCUGUUUUUUUUAAAAUAAAAAAUUAAUAAACGUAGCGCACUUGGGCCUCGGCGCAGACUGGAUUGAGUGGUUUUAUUAACAUUUCAUCCUUUUUUGCUUUCACUAGGGUUUGCGGUGCGUUGCAGAGCAAGGCACUACCUGGCCUCCGGCAGCAAAAGGGUUAAAAUGGUGUAAAUAAUGUACAGACUUGCAUUAUGGAAAUUGUGGUUGAUGUUAAUGGUAUUUUCCCCCUUUUGACAUUUUUUACUACCGUUUUUUGGUAUGAGAUGCAGUAUUCUCCUUACAUAAGCUGUGCCUAUGUAUCGUUUUAAUUUUGAUUUGUUCAUUUUAAACCUCUUCUGUGCCAUAAGAAACGCUGUGUUUCUUGAUCCUCCGGCAGCGAGAAGGUUGUCUUUUUUUUUUUUUUUUGUUUGCUUUGUUUAAUUUUUUACACCUUGAGCAUUGUAAAUUAUUAAAAAGGAUGCAACAAAUAGUCUUUAUAAAAUAUUCAAAAACUAUUAUUCUAAAACAAAACUAUACUUGUUUUACUAUACAUCUAUAUUGUUAGAAGGUUCAUGAUUAAAUUAUACAUAUUUAUUAGCAAUGUCAUACCAUUCCCCCCCGACCCAAACAAUAAAGCCAAACCACAGCACUACAUGCCUGGCAUUGAAUAUACCUGUUUUUGCACAACAUGACUUUGAGAAGGUAUUUAUUAAGGGAAAAAGAAAUACUCAAACCAUUGCUCAGUGCUCAAAGGGUUAAAACUAGACAGAGGAAAAAAAAACUUGUACUGUAUUUGCCAAGACUUGCUAAUACUUUCAAAAUGUUUGUACUAAAAUAAUUUUGCUUAAACAUUAAGAGGCAUUCUGUAAUAUAAUCUCUUUUACUUAUUUAUAAGCACCCCGUGUUGUUAUUCUGUAUUGUAGAAUGCCUUUUUAUUUCAUUUUGUACGUUUUCUGUUUUGUUCUGUCUAAUUAUUUUCCCAAGAUUCCAUACUGCAGCUUUAUCUUAAGGCAUAUGAAAGGUAACCAGUGGUUACCACGCACUAAGUGAUUCUGUUCGUCUCCAUUUUUGGCAGUUAAUUUGCUGAAGUAACUGACAGCUGACACCAUACAAGAAAAUGUGUAUAAAAUAUUGGCAUGUAAACAGCACAGACACUGUAAUGCACUCUGUGUCCCUUUUUUGUUGUUGACAAUGAAGCACCAUUAUAUGAUUCUUCAUAUAACCUUUUUUUCUACAGCAGCAUUAAAAUUGUUUUUUUUUUGCUAUAA